AGAGACUGGAGACACUGGAGAGAGACAGACACUGGAGAGAGACUGGAGAGAGACAGAGACUGAAGAGAGCCUGGAAAGAGACUGGAGUGAGAAUAAACUGAUCGGAGAUCCCGUUAUAUCUCGCUGUACCUCUUGUUGUGCAGACAGAGCGGGAUUAAGAACAUUUAAAGUAACAAUGCACAUAAUUCAGACCUAAAAAUAAAUGAUUCAUAUUGUCAUAUAAGCGGGGAGGAGAAGUUGUGGAGCCCGGAGGAGAGGAGGAGGAGAGGAGGAGGAAGAGGAGGCGGAGAGACAAUAUGACAUGAGUGAACAGAGUGAAGAAGACUAUAAACCCGGCUGGUUAACAACCGUUGCUUCAUUAAUGAUGUCACACCAACAGCACGUUCCUCGUGCAGGAAGUCACAGACAAACAUAUUUCUCCACUAGCUUUAUUCCAAGUAGCCUCGAGGACGUGCGCGUGAAGCCCAUCCCACUCCGUUCCCUAAAUUCAGUGCGCGUGCUGUAACGCAGGAGGCGUUUGGCGCUGGGGGGGGGGGUUUCUACCGGCUCCUCGCGCUCAGCUCAGCUCAGCCAGCACCGGUAACCUCCAGGUGUGCUCAUGCUCCUGUAGUUCUCCUCUAGCUGGCAUCAGACACAAAGGAACAAGCUGCACUUUUUUCCUUCUAUUUUAAGGUGACCGCCUUCAACAGCGCGCCGUGCCGUGCCGUGCCGCGCCGUCCCGUCCAGCCUGUGUGUGUGUGCGGCUGAAGGCAGCGUGAACACCGCUCUCUGCUCGGAUAUAUUGGUCUGUGUCUGUCUCACCCAGAGGGGAUCAGUGCAUGCUCUAACGCGCCAUCGAUAAGUUCCUGAUCAGAUCGAUCGAUGGUCUGAUGGUCGUUGCGUCAGCGGAGGAAGUCUGAAGCCGAGCCGAUCUCCUAAUGGACCGCUGGAUUGUUAACAUGACACAGCGAUGAGCGUUGUGCUCCGUCUCCCGUGCUACUAGAGACAGCCUGAUCUGAUCUGAUCUGAUCUGAUCUGGAGCCGCAGCAGCUGCCUGUCUGUCUGUCUGUCUGUCUCUUCAUGCAGAGCCUCUGCAGGGUCAAGAUGCAGUUCCGGACUGUGCUGGACGUCAAAGUCGUGGACGUGGAGAAGAGGCGCAAUCCGUCCAAACACUACGUAUAUCUCAUCAAUGUCACCUACUCUGACAACACCUCCCACAUCAUCUACAGAAGAUACAGCAAAUUCUUUGACCUACAGAUGCAGAUACUUGACAAGUUCCCAAUUGAGGGAGGGCAGAAAGACCCAAAGAAGAGGAUCAUCCCAUUUCUCCCAGGCAAAAUCCUGUUCCGGAGGAGUCAUGUGCGAGACGUGGCCAUGAAGCGGCUGCGUUUCAUCGACGACUACUGCAGGGCGCUGGUGCGACUCCCCCCUCAGAUCUCUCAGAGCGAGGAGGUGCUGCGCUUCUUUGAGACGAAAGCCGAGGACGUCAACCCCCCAGUGGAGGACUAUGGCUCCAAGCGCAAGUCGGUAUGGAUGUACGGCUUUACAGACAGCCCGAGGAAAGAGGCCUCAGGGAUUGACAGCUCGGAGCCCAUGGUGCUGGAGCAGUACGUGGCCGUGGCCAACUACGAGAGGCAGGAGAACUCGGAGAUCAGCCUCAAGGCCGGCGAGACGGUAGACGUGAUUGAGAAGAGCGAAAGCGGUUGGUGGUUUGUCAGCACAGCAGAGGAGCAGGGCUGGGUGCCAGCCACAUACCUAGACUCCCAGAAUGUAACCAGAGACGAUUUGGAUCUGGGCACUUCCAGGACUGGAGAAGUUACUAAGAGACGCAAGGCGCAUCUGAAGAGGCUGGACCGCCGCUGGACCCUCGGGGGUAUAGUCAACCGCCAGCAGAGCAGAGAGGAGAAAUACUUGACGAUACAGCCGCACACCAGUCAAGGGAAGGAUGAAGUCAGCUUUGAGAAAGGGGUCACCGUGGAGGUCAUCCAGAAGAACUUGGAGGGCUGGUGGUACAUCAGAUACUUAGGGAAAGAGGGCUGGGCCCCUGCCUCCUACUUGAAAAAGGUGAAAGAGGACUUCUCCCCCCGCAAGAAGACCCUGACAGGCCCCGUGGAGAUCAUCGGCAACAUCAUGGAGAUCAGCAACCUGUUGCAAAAGAAGUCGGUCAGCGAGAAGGACAUCCAGACGGACGGAGAGGGGAGCACCACGCCGGAGCGUCACAUCUCCAAGAGCGAGAUCAGCCUGCCCAUGCCCUAUAACUCUGAAAUCAACGCCGAGACGGGCAGGAGGCUGAGCGCGGGCCGUGACACCAACAGUCCGUGUCUGGGAAUAGCGGCGAGUGCUGCCCUGAAUGAAAAUAAAGCGAGGGGCGAGCCCGGGUCCCCAGCCGUUGCGAGAGUGGCACCGCACAGAGUGGAAAUCGGCUUUGAUGCUAUAGGGUCUCCAAAUCUGAGACAAAAACCUCCCCCGCGAAGAGAACCCAACUUGGGAUUCCAGUUACCCAAGCCACCAGAGCCCCCUGCUGUGGAAGCAGAGUAUUACACCAUAGCAGAUUUCCAGUCCUCCAUCUCUGAUGGCAUCAGUUUCCGUGGAGGACAAAAGGCUGAUGUGAUAGAGAAGAACCCUGGAGGCUGGUGGUACGUGCAGAUUGGAGAGAUGGAGGGCUGGGCCCCCUGUUCCUACAUUGACAAGCGUAAGAAGCCAAAUCUCAGCCGUCGGACCAGCACCCUGACCCGGCCUAAAGUCCCACCCCCAGCUCCGCCUGUCAAAAAACAAGAGUCUGAGGAGGCUCCCCCUCCUACUAACUCUGCCUCCAAAGCCUCAGAGCCGCCAAGCAGGCCUGUGUACGAGGAACCUGAAUAUGAUAUUCCUGCAAUCGGAUGCGAAGGUGAGUCGGACACAGAUUCCCUGGAUGUGAAGAUCAGCGGCGUGGUCGGCGACAAGUACCGCAGCUCCCCUCCUUCCAGCAAGGCCUCUCCUCCCGUCUGCAAGGCCUCUCCUCCUUCCUGCAAGGCCUCUCCUCCCGUCUGCAAGGCCUCUCCUCCUGUCUGCAAGGUGUCUCCUCCCGUCUGCAAGGCGUCCCCCGUGUUCAGCCAUCGAAGAACUUCUUAUAGGUCUGUAGAGGAGGUUGGAAAAGAGGAGUGUAUCUAUGAGAACGACGGCUUCAGGCAAAGCAGUGGUGCUCAAAGAACUUCGGUCAAAGGUACCAGCGAGCCGAAUUCCCCAAGGAGCUACCAUUCCUCCACAGUCCCGCGCAAACCAUCCGGAUCUUCACCUUUAGCUGGUAGACCCAUGAAGACCAUGACGCCAGAGAUGAACCGGAGAAGCCAGACCCUGGGCAGACACAUAGAUAUCAGCUUCAGGUCACAGGACAACAGCCCCCACUCUUCAUCAGAUGAAUUGACCAGAGGCCCCAAGAAAGGCCAUGCCUUCAGCCGGGAUGUGGAGCAGAGAAUCGGUCAGAGCCCCUCCACCAGGCCCAAGCCUUCUGUCAGACCUAAACCACUCUUGACCAAAUCAGAGCCUCAGAGUCCUGAGAGGAUGGACAUCGGCUCUUUGAGACGGCAGCUGAGGCCUACGAGUCAGUUUCGGCCUCACAGCCUCAAACCUACUCGCGGGGACGACUCUGAAACAGCCUCUGUCAUCUCAUCAGAGGACUCAAUGUGUUCGCGCAGUACCUCAGAUCUCUCUUCUGUUUACUCCAAAGGGAGCCGUGGUGACUCGGACGUGGAAUGCCCCAAUCUCUACCGCUCCCUGGAUGCUUACAAGAAGGUCCAGGACUCCGAGAUCAGCUUUCCAGCUGGGGUGGAGGUCGAGGUUCUGGAGAAACAGGAGAGUGGCUGGUGGUACAUCCGUUGGGGAUCUGAGGAGGGCUGGGCUCCCUCGUACUACCUGGAACCUGUCAGACAUGUGGUUGACGCAGUUGGGUUAGACCUAGAUGGACAUGGGAGUGGCGGCAGUAAGUCCAACAGCCUGGAGAAAAACGAGCAGCACGUUUUGGCCCUCAAUAACAUCAACAUUCAGGGCCAGCAGCAUCAAAGCUUGAGAAGGAACACGCCGCCAAUUCCUUCUAAGCCUCCCGGUGGCUUCUCGAAGCCGUCCGGGAUGGUUAAUGGAGGUGUUCGGAUGAGGAACGGGGUACGCCAGGUGGCAGUGAGGCCUCAGUCUGUAUUUGUGACCACAACACAGCCAUCCAAGGAUGGACACUACAUGACGGGGUCUCUGAGGCGAAAUGACUCUCUUGGAAGAAGCGAUCACUAUGGCUCUGGUUCUGCCACUCUCGGUGUCCGCCGAAACGCCUCCUUCAGCACCGUGCGGCCCCAUGUAGUCGUCGAAAGUCAGAGGCCUUCUGAGCGGUCCAGCCUGGGGUCCUCGGGGAGCGCAUUCAGCACAAGCAAUGUCCAGGACGCCCUGAGCAGAGUCAACCAACGCAACGGCAUCCCAGUGUCUACAGUUCGACCCAAGCCCAUAGAGAAGAGCCAACUGAUCCACAAUAACCUCGGCAGGGAUGUGUACGUGUCCAUCGCUGACUACCGCGGCGACGAGGAAACAAUGGGUUUCACUGAGGGCACCUGUCUGGAGGUGUUGGAGAGAAACCCCAAUGGAUGGUGGUACUGCCAGGUGCAGGACAGCCUGCUUCCCCGCAAGGGCUGGGUCCCCUCUAACUACCUAGAGCGGAAAAAAUAAAACAACAUCCUUCCCCCAAAAACCCUUCCCCCCAACCUCCCCCUUUUGAUGUCUCCAAGGACGUCGGUGGCAUCACUCCUUAAGAAUGUUACCCGCAAUCUCCCGUAAGCAAUAUGUCCUUGAAAAUGUACAUUUAUGGUUGCGUGUAAAAAAGAAAGAUGUUUUAAUCUGACAAGGAAGGACACUUUUAGUGCUGGUUUACUAAAACGUAUACGAAGAGGAGUGUAAAGAUUUUAAAUAUUUUAGCCGGGAAUGAGAGACAGAAAUGUGGGACUAGUCAUCCGUGAGUGAGGAAAUUUAAAGAGGACGGCGUCUUUGAGUUCUAAAAUGGUAUGAAUGGGAGCGAUAACCUCUUAAAGAGGUUGGCAUCAUGUAAUACAGAAGUUGAGCAGGGUAAUGGUUAUGCUUAUUCCUGCCCAUCACUGACUCUGAUGGCCGAUAAGUGCCUUUUGUAUUCGAUCACCUGAAUGGAGGUCCUAAAUGGUGGAUGGCAAAACAUUAAAUCAACCAAAUCUUUUAAGAGUGCCAUAGGCCUACGAACACCACCGAGAGUAAUUCCAGAACCAAUUAAGAGCUCCGCUAUAGAGUGCAAACAAUGUGCAAAGUUUCGGUAUAGAGUGCUCUAAUUGGUCCAACACAGAUGGAAGAAAGAAAAACAGAGAUUUAAGUGACUCCGUCACCAGAGAACUUAUUUGUUUUAAGUCAUCAAGCAAACUAAAAAAACAUUUUAAUCUUGUUAUCGGUAUUUUUUUUAUUUAGUUUCAUUGUUCAUGUUAUAAUGUCUUGUGCUGAUGCAAGUCUUCCUUAGAGAAUUAUUUCUGCUUUCUUGUGACAUCUGUUUUCCACCGACAGCCGAGAAUUGGAAAAAGUUAAAGCUCCUGCCUCACGUCGUGUUCCAUCUGACACAAAAUAUACAGGAGGUGCUCAGGUUUCAUAAAUUGGCAUAAUUUUGUCUUUCUUUGAUCCUCAAGCCCCAGAAAAAAUAUGUUAAUAGUCAUGCUUUUAAUCCCAGAUGUAACUAUCUGGCAUAACAAAUGUAUUUAAAAAAAAAAAAAAAACUGUGAAACUUGAAAACAACAGUCAGAUGUUUUAGUUUUAUGGAAAUCAAAGGAACAACUUGUAACUUCAUUUCCAGAACAAAACCACCUCAUAUCUAGGUAGCUAAUAAUCUCAAAAGAUGAAAACAAUUACCAUGGUUUAGGUUUACCAUAGUGCUUUUAGUCCCAGGAAUAUUUGAUUUUGUAUAUAUUUUGUUUUGUAUACAUAUAAUUAUACAGCUGUUGCGGAGAUGUAUUGAAUAAGUACUGGAAAUGUGGUGAAAUAAUUGAAUCCCAGGGACAUAAUUGCAUCCCGAAAUGUGAUCAAACCAAAGAGAAAUGUCAUUUCAUUGGCUAUUUUUUGUGUGAUUUUUACUAUUUAUUUAUGGUACAAGUAAUACAGUGUAUUCAACACAAUGCCUAAAACGAGUUUUCUGAACUGAAAAAAAAAAAAAAA